AUGUCGGAACUAGCCGAUAUUAAUAAACUGACUCGAGACUUCGUAGUGGUAAAAUUUGAGAAAGAAUAUGAUAAAGAAGGGCAUAUGAUAUUGGAACUUGUACCUUCAGUCUGGUUGAUCAUUUAUUUUGAUAAUGUGUACAAUUAUUUUUCAGAGGAUCAUGAUCAAGGUAUGCGCAGAUUGAACCGAGCAUUGAAGCGUAAUGCGAAGAUCGAUUCUACGGACGGUGAUGCAGUUAAAUCUUAUGAACCGGAAAUCCUAAGCAACAGUGCUGCGAGUAAAUUGUUGAAAAAAAAAACGUUACUUCGAACGAUAUCUGAAAGGCUAGAAGAAGAGCCUUUAAGUGAUGAAAGGCCGAUUCAAAAGAAGACAACUUGUGUGAAUUCGUCGCUCGUCAGUUUUCCGCCGUUGGCACGGCGAAAACGCGAUUCUUCCACGGAGGCUGAUACAGCCUUAUCAGAAGGCUCGCCGUGACAGGAGUUUAAAAGUCCGUUGAGUAUUCGUGCACCUUCAAUUAUUUAUUGAGUGACGGUACAUCGAACGACGUUGAUCGUACAGUAUAAAGCGGUAACCGAGACCGGGUAACACGUUCUAUCUUCAAGCCAAUUACUCGUGUUCUGACCAGAGAUCCCGUGUCGUCGCGCGGAAUCCUCACGAAGAGAAAUCCCCCCUUUUCGGAGAAUAGACGCCUGCUCUUUCCGAAUUGGCGGACAAAUUCGAAAUAAUGUGAGAGCGUUUACCAAUAACGGCGAGUUUGACUGCGAAAACAUCUCAUGGUCAAAACUGUUUAGAUCGCGAGGUUUAUU